AUGUCUGCCACUCUCGUCGAGACACUGCCGGGCCCUCCUGGCCAACCCGACAUCGCAUACACCCCCAACCCCGAGACGUACAAGAUCAGAAUCCAUAGACGUCAGCAGUCCGAGGAACUUCCCAAGACUCUGCCAGAAGGAUUCCCCCAACGGCUAGACUCACCACUUGUCUGGGACGGCGCGACUGUGUCCGAUACGUACAAGUGGUCGUACGAGCUGAACGAGGCAGAGCUCGAGGAGAUUCACCAAGCCCUUGAAGCUUUCAAGAAAUCCGGUAAGCCCCUGGGGGAGAUCAGCCGGGAGACAUUCCCCCUCGGCCCCCUGCACUCCACCCUCCGCUCCAUCUCGCGCGAGCUCCACAGCGGCCACGGCUUCAAGGUCGUCCGGGGCAUCCCCGUCGACCGCUACACGCGCGAGGAGAACAUCAUCAUCUACGUCGGCCUCGCCUCCCACGUGGCCUCGAUCCGCGGCCGCCAGGACAGCUCCUACCAGGGCCGGCCGGCCGACGUCGCCCUCGCCCACAUCAAGGACCUGACCAAGCAGUUUGACGCGCACAGCAUCGGCGCCCCCGCGUACACGACGGAGAAGCAGGUCUUUCACACGGACGCGGGCGACAUCAUCUCCCUGUUCGCGCUGCAGUCCGCGGCCGAGGGCGGCGAGAGCUACCUGUCGAGCAGCUGGACCGUCUACAACGAGCUGGCCCAGACGCGGCCAGACCUGAUCCGAACGCUCGCCGAGCCAUGGGCGUUUGACGAGUUCGGCAAGCUUGGUCCCCCUGGCUACUCCCUCCGGCCCCUACUGUACCAUCAGCCACCCAAGGAUGGCGAUCCGGAGAGGCUGAUCAUCCAGUACGCCCGGCGCUCCUUCACGGGGUACUGGGGCCUCCCUCGAUCAGCCAACAUCCCGGCCAUCACCGAAGCCCAGGCCGAGGCGCUCGACGCGCUGCACUACGCGGCGGAGAAGCACGCUGUCGCGCUCGAGUUCAAGGCGGGCGACAUCCAGUUCGUCAACAAUCUCAGCAUCUUCCACGCGCGCGGAGGGUUCAAGGACUCCGAGGAGAAGCAACGCCACCUCGUCAGGCUCUGGCUGCGGGACGAGGGACUGGCCUGGAAGACGCCCGCGCCGCUGCAGGACAGGUGGGAUAAGGUGUACAAGGGGGUGACGGCUGAGAACCAGGUGUUCCCACUAGAACCAACCAUCAGGUCGGCGAGCAAAGGCAACCAGAAGCUCGAGUAG